UCUGUUGCAACAAGGUGUUUUUGCAUGCGCCUUCGCUCCAAGGCUGAGCAACACUUGGACACUCCGAUAAGGCUGUAGGCACACCGACAGCGUGUAUUGAUGAAACCACAGGCUGCACGGAAGCUCGUUGUUUUCCUACGCUGCAUUGUCUCCACGGCGCCGCAGGCAUGGAGCAGAAGUGAGAGCAAAUCCAUGGAUGGCCAGUUAGACGCCUGUACAGCACACUCCUGUAGUGCACCAGCACCAUGACGAGCCCCAUCCUACCACAGACUCGGCUAUAGCGGCCAUCUGUCUCCAUGGUGAGGGAGAGCUCUUGGACCUUGACUCAGUUGCCAUGGUGAUCCUGUAGCGAGCAACAGCCACAAUGGGAACGUCCAGGAUGUUCCGCAUUUUUGUCGUCCUGGGCUCGGCCUUCAUGAUCCUCCUGAUCAUUAUCUACUGGGAUGACGUCGGAGCGUCUCACCUGUAUUUGCACACUCCUGUGUCACCGGGACCCAAAAUCCCACAACCCCCACCUCCCCAGCAGCGGCCCCAAACCUCCCGAACCCCGUCCUUCCUGUCCGACAUCGAUGCCUUCGUUAACCAGUUCUUAGAGCCGGGAACUGGUGAGCCCACAGACCCCGCCCCAGCAGACACUAACCAAUCAGAGAAAGCAGAAGAACGGUAUAUACCGCGGCGGGAGUGGAAGAUUCACCUGGCUCCUGUAGCAGCAGAGCUCCGUGAGAGACAGGUUAAUAUAUGA